UUAACUUCUCUAAAAGCCGCGUGGACUUUGGGCGAGCCGCUCAAACCUUUUGGCAGACCUUUUCAUUUCGUGGGAUUUUGGCGCAGGGACUGGCCGAGUCCACUAACAAGCAGAUAAGAGACACCCCCCUCUCCACCCCCUUAGAAGUUGUGUUUCAUGGAGUCUUUGUGGAAAUCAUUGAUUGUCAUCACAGCAGCGAGGUCUGGAGCCAUAUCAUUGUAUCAUCAUAACAAAGUUACUACAUGAUGAGCAGCCAGCAGACCCUCAUUGACCCAUUGUUUCGAAGCAAGAUGCCAUUAUUUGACGGGACAAUAGCAUCCACAGGACUGUCAAAACCACAAAAUAUGUCAGAUUUCCUGGGUAAGCAGAGGCUGCAGUACAGCGGGACCUACUUUACUUAUGACCCCAGAGGAAAGGAUGGAGCACGAUUCACUCCUCCUUGGAGCAACUCAAAGGCCUCUCUGCUGGAUGUAAGAAGUCCCGUGAGACUCUCUGGCAUGGAGGGACAAAACCACAAAAUUUAUAGGCAAGACAGCAGUUCUUCAGAGGAAGGCCAUUCUCAUUCUUCCUCUUUGCAUCACGCCCCAGUAAAAGGCUUUACAUUUUACACUAAAAGUCCUGGGAUCAGCAGUCCUACAGCUGCUACAGCAGUGGAUGUUAGAAAACAAAAACAUGACAAUUCAUGUCCCCCAUCGGAAAACUCUGUUUACGUAGCGAUUCCUAAGCCAGUUUAUGGACAUAACCCUUGCUGUAAUGAACUGGGUUAUGUGAUAGGACAACGAUACAGUGUGGAACACGGCUCUCCGAGGACACCAAACACUGUAUACGAGCAUGACUGGAUGCAAACUGAUGCUCACUACACUGAAAGAUCGCCCAUCCAGAGGAAAGCACAAGAGACACUGCUGCAACAGAGAGGUUUACAGUUUGAGCCCAGUGCAGAACCGCUGAAGAGGAUACCUGUGGAGGCAUACAGCCCAGGUAAAGCAAGAACUUUGCCUGCUAUCAUUGAGCCAAACUACAGCAGUUACCCCUGCACCCUGACUCGCACACUGUUUGGUUCUUUAAGUGAGCAGAGCCAGCGUUUACAGACUUCCCCCAGAGGCUACCCUAGCUUAUACCCCUCCCAUCCUACAUAUGAGCAUAUGACCUCAGAGGUUUAUCAGGAACAUUCUCCCAUGUCCAAAUAUGGCCAGCUAACACAGCACCCGAUGUUUUACUACCCCCAGGCAAAUGUGGAGGUAGAAAACAGGACACAGUGUAAUGAUAUUGGCAGUAAACAGAGAGAAGAUGUCCCUGUUAUUCUUAAACACACAAUCUCAAACCCCCGGGAGCAUUACAUAGUGCCUCAGUCGUUUCAUGGUGAAAUUUCUUUGCCUUUGCCUAGCACUGAAAGGUUGCCAAAUCAUUCCUUUAUGCAGGGGUUUGACUAUCCAUGUUAUGCAGUUCCUAGAUUUCAUUUAAACGCAAGCCAAAUCAGAUCCCCCCUAAAAAGGCAACAUGCAUCACCUAUCUUGCACUCCAAUCGCAUAAAUGUUUUCCCAUCCAGCCAAUACAUGGAUCACCACAUGGCCUCAGCAACCAACCUACAUAAGGACAAACCCAAUGCCGGCCUGCAUAUUGGCCAAUCACACACCAACUCACCAUUCCUACGUGUGGACCAAACCAGUCCUACAAGACGUAUCAGCCAACCUGGCGUCUUACCAUCCAGCGUACAAAUGAACAGAUUUUUCCCCCCACUCACCAGUCUGCACAUAGACCGACCCCACCUCCCACCAACUGGCUUGAACAUGGACAGACUCCUGGACUAUUCCUCCUGUGAAGCCCAAGUUAAGUGCCCGGAACAGUCAAAACUUUUUUCCCCAGCUGCAUGGCUGCCCCAGUCACCCCAUUACAGCUCAGAUCAAAUCCACACAGCUGUACCUAAUAGUGGAAAUGUCAGAAAAAUUAUUUAUUCCCCUGCUGUAGCACCAGGAAAUAAACACAAUGGCCCUGUGUCCAGUUCAGGCACCGCUGUUCUUAAAGGGUGCCUGAAGAGAAGUAUUUCUCACUCAUCUUCACCUAUCAAAAUAAAAGAAGAGGAUAGGGAUUUAUGUGAAGUGGAACUCAUUAAGAAAAGACAAAAGGUGGAAAUGGAGAAUGUACAAAUAGGGAAAAAAACUGACUUUCCUCCUAUGCCAGUUAUUGACAACGUCUUCAGUCUGGCACCUUACCAAGCAUACCUGCAGGCCUCUGGAGUGUUAUUUCCAGCCAGAGUACCUCAGAGAACCAUCCAGUCGUCUGAGCACUGUGAGGUCAAAACCAAGCCAGACAUCAAAGAGAAAAGGCCAGAUCGAGAUGAACAGCAGCCUGUUGUCUGUCUAGUUUCCAAAAAAAUCUGUGCAGAUACUCCAACAGAGAAGCCUGUUGUAGAAAACUUUGAACCCAAAAAUAUUAAAAUGGAAAUAGUAGAUCCAUCAGACAUAGACAGCUCUGUAGAGACUGUUAGUCAGAGGGACUGCUGCAAAGUAACAAUCAAAAAAGAGCUUGAAGAGACUGGUUCAUUCAACAGUGGGCCCAUGUUGGUGAUAAAGAAAUGUGAACCCAUUGAACUUGAAAGUAAACCCUCACCAGCAAACGAAAAUGAGACUUCGGAUGAUUCCAAACCUGGUGAAGUGACUGCACAGAUGAACUCGUCUUCUCAGGGGGUUACUUCGAGACCACACGAACAGGUGGCCACCCUUCAACCCAAAUCCAUUACUCCACCUCAACCACCUGAGAGCAAACUAAAUUUCAAAAACAUUCCCCCCCAGUGUCUCAAACUUUCCAACACCUACAAAAUCCUUCUCCCUGAUAUGAAACAUUCUAGCCCUGUUCCACACCCAGAGAAGCCACCUGUACAGCCGAUUACUGAAUUUAUACCAAAACUAGAGCUCCAAAUGCCAGUCCGCAAGCACUUCUUUGAGCUGCACCAUUCCCUCUGCAAGCUAGUGUCCAAAUCUGUGUCGGCCUCUUCAGAGCAGGAGCUCAGAACCUGGUUGUCUCAGUUGGAACUGACUGAACCUUUAUCUCCGUCAACCAAGGUCCAGAAGGUGUCAUGUUUGUUGGGGGUAAAAGCCAGAGAGGCGUGGCUCAAUGAGGAGAUGAAGUCAGCACUCCAUAAGGUCCUUGAGAGGUUGAGAGAGUACACUGCCGAGGAACGCUGUCCUUUUCCGCAUGUCAUGCGGACGGGGGCAGUGUUCCUGCCCAUGCUGGUGGUGAAGGAGCUGCUGUUUCCAACAGUCCUGGGCAGCUUCAUCGACCAGGUCCUGCAAGAGCACAAAGUGGAGCUGCGGCCCACCACGCUCUCCGAAGAAAAGAUCCUCAUCCAGCUUCAAAAGCGAGCCUUUUCCUCCAGGCUCAGGAGACUGAUGUCCCUCAAACACCUGCCCGACAUCUACGCUGACGUGGUCAACCUUUUGUAUUAUGCCUGUGUCUGCAAACAUCUGGGAUUAGAUAUGGACGAUCCUGCUAACAGAGAAAAAGAUGAAGGUUGUGAGGAGACUAUCAGCUGCAGGACUCCUGUAUUUUCAGACAUUGCUGACUCACCCUCAGAGUUGCACCCAGAGAGACAUCUGAAGGACCAGGCAACAAAAUCAAAUUUGAACAGGAAUAAAACAAAAAGCAGGGUAAAGAGCAGUUCGAGGCGUAUGUUUCUGGACAACAGUUUAUCAAUUGAGGAAGAGACUGAUGACACAGAAAAGGCCGUAAGUGGAGGCGUGCUGAAUGCAUUUAGCGAGAAAAUCUGGAGUGGCCAUCAGUCUGAAGGGACUGAGAAUAGAGGAAUUGACGGUACGGUUAUAGAGCAGGAUUCUUCACUCAUUCGACUAAGCACAACUUCUGAGAAUUCAUGGACAUGUCCUUUAACCUUGGAUGAGCUUUCUCCAUCUCCCAGUGACACAGAAACAGAGGAAUCCUCCAGUCCGUGGCCUGUUAGUCAGCCCUCAGGACCAGCCAAAUCUCCGGUUAGAUCCAACAAUUGUUCAGGCAUGAUUAUCAAACUGCGGCGGAUGUUUAGCAAAGGUCUAAAUAGAAAAAAGGCCCGCUACCAAGCAAUCUCAGACUCUGGGACAUUCACUGAUCCUUCCCUCUCACAGACUGAUGAUGGGGAGGGAGAAGUAAGCAGCGAGAGUGACCUUCAGAGGAGGACGCCCAAAGUAACCCACAGGUGGCAAAGAACAGGAAGCUUCUCUCAUGCAUUAAGACCCCUGACCAGCUCUUCUAAAAGAAAACACAGAUCGCUCUUAAAGAUCAAAUACUGUCCCUACUUGUCUGCCUGCCACAGCGCCGAACAUAGGAGGCGAUGGGUCCUGCGCUCGGCGGUCCAGAGGGCUCAGAGGGCCAUGAGGUUCUACUACCCAGACCUGGUGGGAAAGAGGAUUCGCCAUCUGUAUGAAGAAGAUGACAAAUCAGAAGUGUGGUACAGAGGAGAAGUGUUAGGUAUCCAUGAGGCCCACACCAACCCUCUAAAGACUAUAUUUGAGGUCAGGUAUGACAGUGAGCCAGAGUGGAAAUACUACCUGGAGCUGCUGAUAGACUAUAAAAAAGGUUGGCUCAAGAUUGAGGACUAGUUUCCCCAAACAGUCUUCAAUGUGGCAGUUUUGUUUUUGGUCACUUCACUGAGUGCAAUGACAGCUCUUAAUUAGUUCCCUCUACUGUUUUUUGCUUUAUUUGCCAACAACGGGCUGAUGAGCCCUAGAUAACUGCAUGUCCUUCUCAGGAAUGAAGUUUGACUGGAUAUUUUUUUUUUUGUAAUGAGGUCAACUAAACAUUCUUGAGCACUUGAGAGCUAACAGGGUAGGUGCAUUCUUUAGAGACGGACUAUAGCCAAUGUGUAGAUGGUUUUUAAAGCCCUUAUGAUGUCUUUGAUGCAUCUAUUAAUGACAUUUCUGGUUUAGUCCCAAAUUAGAUUGCGGUUAUGUUAAAGAAAUGCCCUGACCUUGCUCAAUUUUAUAAAAAAAAAAAAAAAAAAAAAAGUUAAGUUUUUUUUAUGUCAUAAUUAUCCGCUUUUCUGCUUUAAAAAAUAAGAACAAAUGUCAUUUUGAGUGAAGUUAGUGACUGGUAGAUACUUUUUCUUUUCUUUUGUUGCUAGUAAGAAAUAAGAAACCAGCAAAUGACAUAAGGACAUUUUAAAAAGGGUUUUACUGUCAAACAGUGCCGGCCACAUGUGUAUAUAGGUUUACAUUAAGAGUGCCAGUCGUGUAUGUCAUUAUAGCAAAGAGUGACUUUUAUCCUGAUGAUUGUGGUUGUUUUAUUGUGUGCAACUGAAGCUGGACAGGCAGUAAUGUAGUUCUGUACUAAGUUGUUGACAGUCUGAGAUGUCCCCAUGUCAGUGUUUUUUAAUCCCUGUGAACCUUAAGAUUUACACCUCAAAUUGUAUUUGGUUUGAAUUUUGUACAAUUUACUUCUGCAGAUAGAAUUAAAACAUUAUUCUCACUGCUAUCUUGAAUAAAUGUUUGUAAUGAUUCCAUA